AUACACUUUACUUUAUACUACAACACACGCUGUUGACGUCAUAACAAUUCAAAACUCAUAAAAUACAAAAAAACUACGAUCAGUAUCCAAAAUUUAAAAAAAAACAAUUCAUGGCGACUACAAAGCCUUUACCACCUUUGAAACCUUCAGCUGUACUAAAGAGCGUUGGACCUAAAUUAGUACCCUUCUUUAAAACGGUUACAAUAUUUUUUGUACUUUAUGGAAAUGAACCUCACUUGGAUUCGGUUUUCUAUUGUAUUGUCAAAAUUCUACCAAUAAUCUCUUUAAUGAUUUUUGUCCUACUUCAUGGAAUGAACUUUUCGGAAGCUUAUGUUUAUUCAAGGAGAAUUCUGAUUGGAUUAAUCUUCUCAGCUCUUGGUGACGCUCUCUUGGUUUGGAAGAGCAGUUAUUUUAUUCACGGAGUGGUUAUGUUUGCCUUGGCUCAAUUCCUAUAUGCCACUGCAUUCGGCUUCUACGAUCUAAAAAUUAAGCAUGGAAUUUUUUGUACCGUCCUCUUCUCAAUUAUGUUUCUUUUCCUUUUGCCAGGCUUAAAUGGUACAAUGCUACCUAUAGGAAUAGUUUACUGUAUCUUAAUCGGUUGUAUGCUCUGGCGGGCAAUAGCUAGAGUUCAACUCUUCAACGACCUCUGGACUUGGACCAAAUUAUGCAGCUGUGGUGGCGCUAUCUUUUUUGUCAUAUCUGAUUAUAUAUUGUGUAUCGAUAAAUUCCGAAUUCCAGUUCCCUACGCCCAUCAAUUAAUAAUGGCAACCUAUUACAUAGCCCAGUUGGGUAUAGCUUUAAGCGUCAUUGAUUCCCAAGCAGAAAUUGUUAUCGAACAGAGCUUGAAAGAAACUGAAAAAUUCGAUAAGAAGACUCAAUAA